GAGGACAAAUUUUUUGUGAAAAUAUGGAUAAAGAAAAACAAGGUAAACAAUUAGAAUCAGAAGAUAAACAAAAACCAUCUGGGAAAAGAUCUUCUAAGAGCUCUGGAAGGAGAAGUAUCACUUCGGAAGAUAAAAACAAAAAGGAAAAUGAGAAUGAAGAAUUAGCAAAUAUUUCGGCUUCAGUUAAACAAAGUAUUUUUGAGUCUGCUAAAGCUACAUCCCCUAAAGAUCCUGUUAAAGAACAAAAAAAGAAAGAUGCUGUCAGAAAAUUGAGGAACGUUGCAUCAAAGAAAGACAGCAUCACGAGUUCGAAAAUUGAACCUUCAGUAAGUACAAGAAUCGAUCUUCAGUAUGUCAAUGAAGGAAAAUAUCCUGGAUAUGGACCAAGACCUGAAUAUAUUUUGCGAAGGACCAAGAGAGUGCAGAAAUUUUUCGAAAAGAGAAGAGCUAAUACUUCGAAAAAAUUUUGUAAGUUCCGAUCAGUUGAUGUUCCAAAGCCAAGCUCUUCUAAAAAAGUUAAUUUGAAAACGGAUGAGGAAUUGGAGCUGAAGAAACCAAAAAGUGGCAUCAUUAUAAAUGAAAAAGAGUUACAAGAGAAAGAUACCGCAGGCGAUUACGAUAGUUUCGAUUUGGUUUUCACUAGAACUCCCCGACC